AAGGAAUAGGAAGAGGAAAGGGGCGCUGGACGUCAUGGCAUCCAGAGACACCGUCGCGACCGCUUUUCUCACCGUGAGUCGGGAAAUGACAGAGAGCAUCAGACGAGUUAUUGACAAGACAUCAAUCAAGUUAGUGAGAGCUAUCAAAGCAGAGAACAAGAGUGGCAAAUCAGAAGAUCGUAUUCUGGUUUUGGCAACAUGGCGGAUGUACCUCAUGGCCCCCAAGAUACCAACCAAGGUGGAACAAACCUUCAACUUCCUGGAGAUUCGGGCAAUGAACACCCACCCAGAAAAUCAGGUUGUCAUAGAAACAGACAAGUCCACAUAUUCGCUGAGGCUGCAGUCUAACGAGCACCUGGAUCAGAUGAUUAACCACAUCAACUUUGCUCUCUCUCGGAUCUUCAACAACUCCAUAUACACACCCUCCAUCUUUCACGCAGAUGGAGACGUUGCUGACGGAAAUCGCAAAUUUUCUCCGAGCUCUGAGAGUUCAGUGGAGACGCAAAGGGCAUGUGGUGGCUUUUCGGAGACCUAUGCAGCUCUGUGUGAUUAUAAUGGAAUUACCUGCAAAGAGGAAGUGCAGUGGGAUGUGGACACCAUCUAUCACUCGCAGGACAACAGAGAGUUUAACCUUUUGGACUUCAGUCAUCUGGAAAGCGGGGACCUUGCUGUGAUUGUAGCAGCCAUGGCGUAUAACUCGUGGUUCAUCAAACUGUAUUGCAAAGACUUUCGCAUUAGUUCAGAGGUCGUGGAGCAGAUUCUGCACACUGUCAGUAAAUCCAGCAGUCUGGAGGAGCUCACACUGGAAAAUGUGGGCCUUAAAGCAGAUUUCCCACAGAAAAUGGCCACUGCCCUGUCAGAAAACCCAGCAUCAGUCAUACACUCCAUUAACUUGGCCCACAAUACACUGGACAACCAAGGGGUGUCGAACCUCAUCCAGCAGGUUUGCAGGCUCAGUAAAGGCCUACGUCUGCUCAACCUCUCCAAGACGUCACUCUCUUCAAAGGGUGUCACGUCUCUUUCGCAGGCCUUGUGCUCCAGUGAUGACUACUCCAACUCUCUUCUUCAUCUGGAUCUGAGUAAGAACCCUGGCAUUCUGUCUGGAGAAGAUGCAACGGGGAGGGGGGCUCUGUUCCUCGGACUUUCAUCCAAUCCUCACAUCACUGACCUACACCUGGACAUCAGCGGCUGUGAGCUCAGGUCUGCUGGAGCAGGGAUAAUACAGGACCUUUUCCCCAGAGUCUCCUGCAUCAGCACACUGGACAUCUCAGACAACGGGCUGGAUGGGGAUCUGCUGUGUGUCAUUCCUGCCUUCUCCAGACACCCGUCCCUCAAACAUCUGCUCCUGGGCAAGAACUUUAACAUCAAGGGCAGGGUUUUAGAUGAAGUCCUGCAGAAACUGGUGCAUCUUGUCCAGGAAGAAGAGUGUGCCCUGCAGAGUUUGUCUCUGGCCGACUCCAGGCUACGUUCGAGGGGCACGGUGCUGGUAAACGCUCUAGGCAGCAAUGCCUGUCUGAAAAAGGUGGAUCUGAGUGGGAACGGACUUGAUGACACAGGAGCGAGGAUGCUCAGUAAAGCCCUUCAGAUCAACACUACGCUCAGAAGUGUGACAUGGGAUCGGAAUAACACAAGUGCUACGGGUUUCCAAGAUGUGGCUCGAGCCCUGGAACAUAACUUCACCCUGCAGUACAUGCCUAUCCCACUCAGUGAUGUCACACAAGCGUACCGCAGCUCCCCCGACAGGACAGAACAAGCACUAACCAAGAUCCAGCGCGCUCUGUUGAGGAAUAACCAGACUCAGCGUUUCUCUCAGAAACAGGCUCUUCGGCUGCAUCAGGGCCUGGUAACUAGUACUGCAGAACAGGUGAUGGAGCGUCUGUGUGUUCGCGUGCAGCAGCAGGUGUGUGUGCUGAGAGGAACGGGUGAAGGUGAAGAGCUCCAGGCUGCCAGACAGGUCCUCAAGGAGGCCAGGAACUCUCGAGCCCUGUACCCCUCGCUGUGUGAACUGGCCCAUGUGUUGUCCGUGGAUGGGCCGGUGAGACAGAGACUGGACUCACUGGCAGGAGAACUUGCCAAAGCUGCUGAUAAAGAACUACAGGUCAUCGUGGACUCCAUGGUGUCUCUGUGUCGGGAGUUGUGUCCACUUUCUUGUGCCGCAGCAGAGUGUCUUUCUCCACCACUGUCCUCCAUCUCUGAGCGUGUGUCUAUCCCUCGUUCAUCCAUCCGCACCGCUCUGAUGGAGAGAGCAGCACAGGACAUCAACAGAGCUUUGGAGGAGGUGAAGCUCUCUGUGGUCUCGUAUCUCACCAACUCCAUAGUGGACCAGAUCCUGCAGGAGCUUUACGCCACACACAAAACCCUGCUCCGGCAGGUUUCCCAGAUGAGACGGCUGGAGGACGGAGGGACGGCCAGACGGGCCCACAGGCACGCAGACAUACUGGACGUGGUGGAGGACGACUUCGGCAUCAGCAUAGACACGAUCGCCAUAAAGAAACGCAGCUCGAGGACCAGACGCAUUCGCCCCGUGUCCAACAGACUCAGUCUAGGUGAAGACCCCAACUCCUCACCUUUAGUUUCCACUCCUCAGUCAUCUGCUCCUCUUUCACGCUCGGCCUCAUGGGAAGGUCUGGCCACACUGCCCACUCAGGGAUCACCUCUGCGUCAUGUGACCCACGUCAGGCCUCGUCCACCAAGAAGACACAGGGCUGCGCAUGCUCCCUUUGAGACGCACUGCUCGGAGAAUGGUGGAGUAUCUCUAUUGGAUGAUGGACUGCCCGACUUCUACACCAAGAGAGUUUUACCAGACAGUCAGCUGUCGUCUCACCAUCACGCUCAGGCUUUGAGGAGAAAGAAACGACGCAGUGUGCUAUCAAUCUUUUCAGGAUUCAGGAAGAACCGAAACUCUACCAUAUCAUAUCAGGAGCCUGAUCCUACAGGAAGGGGAGGGGCUUGUGGGGAGGAAUGUCGCACUAAUAUCGCGACUGAGAACGUGUACUCCUUGAUUCAACACCCGAAAGAUCGCGGGAGGUUAGAUGGAAGCACUGAAGGCACCAACGGGAGGCUGGUAGGGCCUGGUGUUCAGAGGACCCCUCAGCUGUCAGGACGGCCCGUUCAGGGUAUACCCCUGCCAGGAAUGAUGGGAAUCAGCCCCUCCUGCUUCUCACACAGACAGUCGCCUGAUUACAGCGAGGUUUUCGGCUCCUCUGAAGAGAUUGGAUACAGAGAGCAUGAGACUGACCGACAUUCGGAUAUUGUCGCUAAAGGCCACAUGCCAUCUAUAGACAGACAGGAAUCAGGAAGACAGGAAUCACAGUCAGACAGCCAGAAAAAGGCAGACGGUGUAAUAGAUCCUCAGCUGCUGGAAACCAGAAAAAGACCUGAUCCGCCGCCUCAGAGCACCAAACCAAGCCUGGCAAAGACACGGCAGCGCCACCUGGAGGAGAGUUCUGAUAAAUCUACUGAAGAUUCGGGAGAGCUGAGGGAGAAGGAUGAGGAAAAAGAGAACGGAAGAUGUGGAGAAGACCAAAAAGACCAAAAACCACAAGGACAGACUCCACCGAUCCCUGAAAAGCCAUGUUAUUAUUCACCUCACACGUCUCCCAUUGGCUCCUCGCCACAUGACGUGGCCAAUGAUCAUCAGCCACCAGCUGCUCCGCCCACCUCUGCUAAGCCUGUGUUUCAUUCCACUUCAGUAGAUUCUGCUUUACUUCAAGGUGAUGAAAUCAAGAGCAGUCCUGGAGGUCCCAUGAAACCACAUCGAAACAGGAAAGCGAACUCAUGUGACACAGGAAUGGAGCAGGACACCCGCUGUGAUCUGGAAAGAUCCUCAGAUCGUAAACCCCCUGUGAAAAAACCUAGACUCCCUCCGAAACGAAAUAAGUCAUUGGAUUUCCCUGGUCAUCAGAGUUCAGAGCCGAGCAACACUGAAGCAUCAUGACAACCAUUUGAGCCAAAGCUCUGUGAAAACAUGGGCUCAUAGUGAUGCCGAGAGGAGAGAGCGAGCGAGAGAGAGAGAGGAGGGAGAGAGAAUUUGCACCUUGAUCAAUUUCAUAGUCAUUUUGUACACUCAUAUUCUUGCAUACUCCAGUGAGUUGUUUUGCUUUCCCUCCUGCUUUUGACUUAACAUUCCUUCUUAAAGGGACAGUUCACCCUGAAAAUUUUUUCAUUCUGUCCUUAUUAACACCUGUCAUGAUUUUGCCAGGUACGAUGCGAUCCUGCAUUAAUAUCUAUGUUAAUCCUAGAACAUCAUUCCAUACCUAUUCCCUACCCCUAAACCCAAACAUAACUGUAAAUUAUUCCCAGUUGGAUUAUAAUCAUGUAGAAGUGCAUAAACCUAACCUUAAGCCUAAACUUAAC